GUAGAAUUUGUGAAGGAAGAACAAUAGAUUUAGAUUUAGUAAACAACUCAAUUCCUUCCCCUUAGCUUUCGUAAUCUGUCAUGGCAUAUCUUAGUCCUUAAGCAUGUCCAUGCUUCCUUUCUUCUUCCUUGUGCCACCACCUUCUUAUAAGCUCAUGCUACUCUAUUCCACCCGAAAGCUCGCCGACGCUGAAUCCAAACUAUGUCUACCGACUGGGGACCCGUCAUCGUCGCCUCCAUCCUCUUCAUCCUCCUCUCCCCAGGCCUUCUAUUCCAGCUGCCGGCGCGCACACGGGUGGUGGAGUUCGGCAACAUGGGCACCAGCGGCAUCUCCAUCCUCGUCCACAGCAUCCUCUUCUUCUGCAUCUUCACCAUCUUGAUCAUCGCCAUCGGAAUCCAUAUCCAUGCCGCUUGAUCCAAGAUAGACACAGCUUUUCGCAAACACUUUAAAGGCAUUUCGCCUUAAUACGCACAGAACCAAAAACAAAAAAAAUUGUUUCUUCUCACAAAUUUCCAGUUUGUUGUAGCUGAUAACAAUUGAUCAUAACAAAUCAACAGCAAUUUUUUUUUUCCUUU